UGUCGCUAUGCUUGAGAUAUGGUUGCUUUAGUCGCUUCUGACAACUUCGGCGCACAAUCGAACUGAAAAUUACGCGCCUUCAAGAACGCUGUCCAUCAUCGCCCGGCUGCCUGAAACCUCGAUGCGACAACCUUCCAAGUUCGGCAGUUCUUCAAGCGACUGAACCACCUGUAUCACACUUGCGGCCAACCUUGACUCUCUGCGGUGAUCACCAUGAUCCCGCGGCCUCAAUGACAUGCUGCGCGGUCUGUCGUGCGCUCUCACAGACCGGCGCCUCUCCGAAUAGGUCAAGGGUCGCCUCAGCCCCCCAUAUAUAAGGCCAGUCAAGAAAUCCCCAUCCUCAUCAGCCAGUCUCACCUUCACUCGCUCCUUUCACUCUUCAGCGCCCUCGUUCGACGACCACUCUCUCGACCACCCCGGUUACCCAUCAGCCAUAAUGCAGUUCUCCGUCGCCUCCCUCUUCGCCACCGUCGCUCUCCUCUUCGGUGCCACCCAGGUUGCCGCCAUCGCUGCUGACCCUUACAUGGCCUGCGGCUGCCCCAACAACUGCGACUACAACGUCGGCGACUCGUGCAAGUGGAAGGAGUCCGUCGCCUUCGACGAAGUCGUUGUCUCUGGACACUGCAUCCUCGACGGCUACGGCCGCAAGAUCUGCUCCAAGUAGGCGAUGGGAACAGGGUGUUGGGAAGUGGAAGUAAACGAUGAAUGCC